GGGCGGCAUUUUUGGUGGAUGGUAUGAAGCCAGCCAUGGAAACUGCAGCGGAGGAAAAUGCAGAACAAAGCCAAGAGAAAAAAGUGAUCACCAGACCAGAAAUGGAAAUUGGCAGGUACCACUGGAUGUACAGGAGUUCAAGGCCACACCGGUACCAUCAUGUGCCAGCAUUGAGAGGCAAUAUUAGUCCUUUGGGGAUUCAAGGUUGCUUUGAAUGUUGCAUUAAGUGCCUAGGAGGAGUGCCAUAUGCUUCGCUCGUGGCAACCAUUCUCUGCUUCUCGGGGGUAGCGUUGUUUUGUGGCUGUGGCCACGUGGCGCUCACGGGAACCGUGUCUAUCCUCGAGCAGCACUUCUCCACGACUGCCAGUGACCAUGCUUUGCUGAGUGAAGUAAUACAGCUAAUGCAGUAUGUAAUUUAUGGCAUUGCAUCAUUUUUCUUCUUAUAUGGGAUAAUCCUUUUGGCGGAAGGUUUUUAUACAACAAGUGCUGUGAAGGAGCUGCAUGGAGAGUUCAAAACAACAGCCUGUGGCCGCUGCAUCAGUGGAAUGUUUGUUUUCCUCACCUAUGUCCUUGGAGUGGCCUGGCUCGGGGUCUUCGGCUUCUCUGCUGUGCCUGUCUUUAUGUUCUAUAACAUAUGGUCAACUUGUGAAGUCAUCAAAUCUUUUCAGACAAAUGUGACAGUUCCAGGGGACCAGAUCUGCGUGGACAUCAGGCAAUACGGUAUUAUCCCUUGGAAUGCUGUACCUGGCAAAGCCUGUGGCCCAAUUUUAGAGAACAUCUGCAACACAAAUGAGUUCUACAUGUCUUACCACCUGUUCAUUGUGGCUUGUGCUGGAGCUGGUGCCACUGUCAUAGCAUUGCCAGGCAGAUUGACUGGUCCAACCCUGCAGUGCCCGUUCCAGCUGAUCUACAUGAUGGCUACUACAUAUAACUAUGCUGUUUUGAAGUUUAAGAGUCGGGAAGAUUGCUGCACUAAAUUCUAAAUUGUAUAAGCCCAGUAAAAAGCUGCAUUGCGUAGCUUGAAAUACCACUGACACCCUAGACUAAAAGUCUAGCUUUCUGAAUUUUGUUACAGUAAUUGUAAAUAGCUUCAGUAAGCAUCGUUUAGCUUAUCAAAUUAAUGAAAUGACUUCUUGUAUAUGAACUAUGAUGUGGAUGAGAUCUGGCUAUUUUUUCAUGUUGAGAGGAUUCAGUUACUGUAGGGGUGUUUAUAAAGCAUCCUUCUGAAAAGGGGAUGUUUUCAUUUCAGGUCUCCACUUGAUUUCUAACAGUCAUCUCAAAUACUGCAACAGUUCAGGGUCAGAUGCAUUAAUUUAUUCUUCACCAUGAACACCAAAUACAAAUCCCCCCAAGCAUACAAAUUACAUAUGGUGUGAAAGAAAAGGAAUAAUAAAGUAGUGCCAUUCUACGUUGGCAAAGAUCAGAAGCCCAGGUAUUAUGAAUAAAUUUCCUUGUGUUUCCAAGUGAUUCCAUGGAUGAUGAAAUCACUUUCUCUUACUCUUAAGUAAGUGCCAAAUGAUGCUCUUUCUCUGAGAAAAUACAUCCUUGUCUUAGCUCUGCGUAAAACAAUCACAUUCUUUCUUUUGGACCCUGAACUAGCAAGAAACAGCACAUAAACAGCUUCUGCUCUUGUAUGGCUGCACUUUAGUAACUGAUUUCUCAGUAGCCAGAUCUCAAAAAUGUAAGUAUGACUGCACAGGAAGCAAAACCAUGCAGAGAUCACAGGGACCUUUCUACAGUGUUGGGGGUAAAAAGAAGGAGAAACAAAUCAAUGUUUUCAGAUGUAGAUGUUUUUGCAUGACGUAUGGGCAAAAGAAGUUGGCAAGAGACGAAUGCACAAACUAGAAAAACAAACACGUAAUAAUUUAAAAAAAGAGAACCGUUUGCUAUAUACAGUAUAAAACUCUUCACCUGAGGUUGGACAAUGGAAGCUUAAAAUGUAGCUAUAAAAAUACAGGAUUAAGACUUCUUAACCCAGAGAUUGCAUGCUUUUGCUUAGUUUUGGACUCAUGUUUUGAUGUUUAAUUUUUCAAUGUGUUAAUGUAGCCUUGUUCGCGUAAAUAAAACGGUUCACAGUUUCAGGGUUUUUUCCAGGGGGAGGGUGGAAUUCUCAUCUGCUUGUUGGGGGAAAAGACCUGCCAGGCUCUGGGCUGGGAUAUGCAUAAACACCACGACCUUAGAGAGCAGUUCUUCUGAGCACCUCGUAGUUUACAGAUUCCGUAUAUUGCCACGUACAAAACUGUUUUCCUGCUUCCCCCAUUCUGCAUUUUAAUUGACCCGUACAACUCUGUAGCUCAUUUCAAUAUUGUUGUACUAACUUUCUCUAAAUUGUGAAUAACCAGCUGAACUAUUAGCAUGCCAAAUUCUAGAGAUCUUUGAAAAAUAGCCUCUGUGCUUGUUUUAAUAACAGAAUGCUUAUUAACGUAGAAUAACUAUUUUUUUUUUGGUCGUUAUUUUAAAGAGCGUCUAUUAAUCUGACUAGCAGCUUGCUUUGCCUCUUGACAUGCUCACUCGCCAUCAUGCUCACCCUUCUCUUCCAGAUCCACUUCCUCAUGAUACUGUCUUCUAACUGGGCCUACUUAAAGGAUGCAAGCAAAAUGCAGGCCUACCAAGAUAUCAAAGCAAAAGAAGAGCAGGAGCUUCAGGAUAUCCAGUCUCGGUCAAAAGAGCAACUCAAUUCUUACACAUAAAUGUUUGCCACAGUAAUUCAGCAGAAGAGUUCUGUAGCUCUGACAAAUCAGCAAAUAGCUGCUCUGCAGUACAGAUGUGUGUCUAGCAAACAAAAUUAUAGAGAAGUGUAAAAGCUUCACAUUCCAGCUCCUGGAAAACUUUUUUAGGGAAAUCUUCCCAUGGGUAAUCUUCCGUCCUUUCUAACAGAGAAUGGAGGGUUUAUUCCUGGCAUUUUAAUAGGCAACACUUUACAAAAAGUGACCAAAUUAUUCUUCUUUGAGACUUGGUAUUUAAUAUUUGACUUAUUCUAGAGCAUGACGCCCUGCACAAAACGGUGGCAGGUGCCCCAGCCGAGCAGGCAGUAGAUCUGUGCAGAUCUCAGGCACAUGCACGGUGCGUGAUUGAGCACCUCCCAAAGGAACCCGUGCCCAGCUGGGGUUUCUGAGAGGAGCUCGUGUCUGUGUGAUGGCACAGCUGCAGCACCUCCCAGGCUGCAGGUGGGCUGUUUGGGAACACCCACACCUGGGCCAUGGGAGCAGCUCCACCCCUGUGCCACACGCUGCCACGAUGAAGCUGUCACGUCCCUGUGCUCACCUGAGGGUCCAGUAGAUCUCCCAAAUUCUAAUAUUUUUAUUAACUAUUUACUGGAAUGUAGAUCCCUGGAUCUGGAUAAUGAUCCCCUUCUUUGAAAAUAAAUGUCAGCUUUGCCUUAAUAUUUAUUUUCUAUAAAUGUCUUAGCAUUUAUAUGGUGGCAGGAGACCAUUAUCCUACAUUUUAAGCACGUGAAAGUGUUACCUUAUUAAAAUGAUACUGAUCUGACUAUUCCAAAUGAGCGGAUGAGAAAGUUUGCAGAGUUUUACACAAUAAUAAAAUUUGCAGCCAUAAAAAUAAUACAGGAUGUCCACCUUUCUCUAUCUUGGUGCUUAGCAAAUUUAUAGUCAGUGCUUAUGUGUUUUCCUUUUUACAAAUUAAUUAGCACACUAAGAAAACGUGGUGUUCAGAGAAAAAAAACAACAAACAAACUGGUGCCAUUUUAAAGUCAUUUCCCAUAGAAGUCUGCCUUCUAAUUAAUGUUUUUUUUCAGAAGCAUUCAGUGAUAUCUUGAGUAUUAGUGAUGGUAUAUUUGGUGUUUGUUCUAUAUGAUAUAUAUAUAUAUAUAUAAAUGUUGGGGGGGAAAAGUAAAAAUACAUCAUUCAUUUGAAAAAAUUAAAUAUUCAAGUCAUACCCCUGCUAAGCUGACGUGUGGUUUGGUAGUUUUGACUGUUUGCUGAAUAUUCAUCAAAGGAAGCACAAAUUCCUUCAAAUCAGUAUUAAGAGAAAAGGCAUUUUUGGGGGGGACAUUAACUUCAAAUAUAAUUUCUUUUGUUAAGUAUUGAAGUCUAAUUUGACAGUUUCAAAAAAGGGGCAAAGUUGAUUGAUGUAGAGCAAAUCCGACAAAAUAGCCUAGUGUAUGUUCUUACCUGUUGCAUGAAGGAGACAUUUCUACAGCAAUGCAGGUGAUGUUCUAGCCCAGUGUUUGCAUAAGGGUAAUAAUGGAGGCAGUGUCUUAAAGCCUAAUUCUUUUCUAAUUCAGUGUAGCUAUUACUGGGAGUUUUUGAAGUUUUGUUUAAGUAGUCUAAUAUUUUUAUGUAAAGAGCAUUAAAUUUUGCUAUGUAUAAAUUUUUGUAACCUAACAGUGAAUCAAUAUUUUCUAUCAGUGCCAAGGGCUUCCUGUAGUUACAUCCAAGUGUUAAAAUAAAUAUUUGUAGAUAAUAGACAACACUUGUGUAUGCUUAUUUGAACCCAGACCUACAGCUACUCCAUGGCAGUGCAUCUCUAGGCUUUAUGUCUCUAUCUGAGGUGAAACAUGUUCUGUUCCAGAGCUCCCUGCCCUGCUGCAUGGGGCAGGGCUGCCCUGCAGGUGCAGCUGCAGCAGCAGCUGUGUGCAGCAUGCAGUAGUGGUAGUUGUUCCAGGCCAGCAUAAUGCAACAAGCACUACCCCUUCCCAACAUCCAACAGGAGCAGUCACUCAGAAAUUCUGUAAAGGCCAGAGUGGCUGCAACAGCAAAUUAAGCAGCACGCAGAAUUAGAGUAACUGCCACAUCACAUUUUAGAUUCAUUCCAAAAAGCAAAGUUUGUAUCUGUCAUGGUUUUGGUACAUUGUGUUUAAACAUCCAGUGAAUUCAAGACAGAACUUUGUUUUUUGCCCCUAAAGUCUGUCAAACUUGGCUUCAUGUUCUUGUAGUUAGGUCAAGACGAGCAGCCUCAAAUGCAGUGCAAGUUGUAAUAUAUGCUGCCACCCAAAAUUACUUCAUUGAUAAAAACCUACUGUAUUUUAUACUGUAAAUAAAGUUUAAUGAUCUUGCCUAUAAUCUACCUACAAAAUACAAAGCUUAAAUAAAGAUGAGUUAAAUAGCA